AUGGUGUCGGAGUUUCAACAGACUUCAAGGAAACAUUUGACACUGCGCACAUCUACUUCCUCACCGGAACCUCUCAGUGUUCCCGGUUCUUUGCAAGAUUUCAACAAAGUUGAAGUGCUGGAUACGAUGGUGGGGAUCGUGAUUCUCUUCGCAGGUGUCGGAAACGAUAUCAUCGGUUGGAUGCUGCUAGCACUCAGCGUAGCAUUAGUGAACGCCGGGUCGGGUCUCACAGCCCUACAUCCUCUUGCGGCAAAUUUGCAGGCUGCGGCAUCGCAACGAGGUACUUUGCAGGUUUCAACUGCUUCGUUGAACUUCCUUGUGGCAUAUGCGUACGACCCCUCAACUGACGACGACAUCGAGGAUGACACACACGACAUAAAGGAAAGCAGGGGUACCAGCAGUGUUUGA